AUGCGUCGGAUUAAAACAUCAAAUCCACCCACCUGUCAAUUCAAUCUUUUGGCAUCAUACACUUGUUCAGAAUCAGAGCCUAAAGAGUACGACCAUCAGUAUCGUCACCAGGUAGCAAAGAAAAUCGAACUCAACAGAACAAGAACCAUAACACCAUCUACUUCUACCACCAUAGCUAUUGUUCUUGCUUCUCUGACCCUCCUUUUAGUUCCAGCUUCUUAUUCGUCUCCACUCAUUACAGAGAAAUCUAGAGACUCUCCAGUCCCGCAAUCAGACACUGAUCUUCUUGAAUUUCCUUUAAAUUUAGAGUACCUUGAGGCUGAGUUCUUUCUGUAUGGAUCUUUAGGUCAAGGAUUGGACAAAUUUGCUCCAAAUUUAAGCACGAGAGGACCACCACCCUUAGGUGCUAGGGUGGCUAAUCUUGACCCUUUUACUAGAGAUGCCAUCAUUCAGUUUGCAUGGCAAGAAUUGGGACACCUGAGAGCAAUCAAGAACGCUUUGCAGGGAUUCCCAAGGCCAUUGCUGGACUUGAGUCCAAAAUCAUUUGCACUAACCAAGGAUGCUGCUCUUGGGAGAGCAUUGUCUCCACCCUUUGACCCUUAUGCCUCUUCACUUCACAAUCUCAUUGCAUCCCAUGUCAUUCCUUAUGUUGGACUCGCAGGAUAUGUUGGGGCAAAUCCAAAUCUCCAGGGCUAAUACUUCC